CGGCCUCAGAGCUGACAUGCGGCGCGGCCCGGCCGGCGGCGGCAGAGGCGACCGGAGCAGCAGGCGCCCGAGCUGCGCGAGCGACCGAGCAGUCGGUGGGGCCGUGGGGCGAGCGGCGUCCCGGCCUCGGAGCCCCGGGGGUGGCGGAGGUGCCCGGAGCCAUGGUGAUCAUGUCUGAGUUCAGCGCGGCCCCCGCGGGCGCCGGCCAGGGCCAGCAGAAGCCCCUCCGGGUGGGCUUCUACGACAUCGAGCGGACCCUGGGCAAGGGCAACUUCGCGGUGGUGAAGCUGGCCCGGCAUCGAGUCACCAAGACCCAGGUUGCAAUAAAAAUAAUCGAUAAAACACGCCUAGAUUCAAGCAAUUUGGAGAAAAUAUACCGUGAGGUUCAGAUCAUGAAGCUUCUGAAUCAUCCUCAUAUCAUUAAGCUUUACCAGGUUAUGGAAACAAAGGAUAUGCUUUAUAUUGUCACUGAAUUUGCAAAAAAUGGAGAAAUGUUUGAUUACUUGACUUCCAACGGGCACCUCAGUGAGGAGGAAGCACGGAAGAAGUUCUGGCAGAUCCUAUCGGCCGUGGAGUACUGCCACAGCCAUCACAUCGUGCACCGGGACCUCAAGACCGAGAACCUGCUGCUGGACGGCAAUAUGGACAUCAAGCUGGCAGACUUUGGAUUUGGGAAUUUCUACAAGUUGGGAGAGCCCCUGAAUACAUGGUGUGGGAGCCCCCCGUAUGCAGCCCCGGAAGUCUUUGAAGGGAAGGAGUACGAAGGCCCCCAGCUGGACAUCUGGAGCCUGGGAGUCGUGCUGUACGUUCUCGUCUGCGGGUCCCUUCCCUUCGACGGGCCCAGCCUGCCAGCUCUGAGGCAGCGGGUGCUGGAGGGCCGGUUCCGUAUCCCCUUCUUCAUGUCUCGAGACUGCGAGACGCUGAUCCGGCGCAUGCUGGUGGUGGAGCCUGGCAAGCGCAUCACCCUGGCCCAGAUCCGGCAGCACCGGUGGAUGCAAGCCCACCCCUGCCCGCCGCCCGCCUGCCCCGCGAUCGGCUACAGCUCCAACCUGGGUGACUACGACGAGCAGGUGCUGGGCAUCAUGCAGACCCUGGGCGUGGACCGGCAGAGGACCGUGGAGUCCCUGCAGAACAGCAGCUAUAACCACUUUGCGGCCAUUUAUUACCUCCUCCUGGAGCGGCUGAAGGAGUACCGCAGCCCCCCCAAGCCGUCCCGGACCCGCCUGGCCCGGCCGCAGAGGCCCCGAAGCUCCGAUCACAGCGGCCUGGAGGUGCCUCAGGAAGGCCUCCCCGGUGACGCUUUCCGGUCCUCUCUGCUGUGCCCGCAGCCCCAAGCCUUGGGCCAGUCCAUCCUGCAGGUUGAAAUGGACUGUGACCUGCACAGCUCGCUCCAGCCCUUGCUCUUCCCUGUGGAUGCCAACUGCAACGGAGUGUUCCGGCAUCGCUCGGCCUCCCCCAGCAGCCUGCUGGAGACGAGCAUCAGCGAGGAGGUCAGGCCGGGCACGGGCGCGGAGGAGGGGCAGCAGGCACAGAGGCCCCUGCCCGGCAGCACAGGCCGGAGGCACACGCUGGCCGCAGUCUCCACCCUCUCCCCGUGCGCCCCUCCAUGUAUACUCAUCUCCUCCUCCUCCUCCUCCUCGGCGAGCCCUUCAGAAGGCACCAGCUCCGACAGCUGUCUCACCUCAGCGGGCAACAGCCCGGUGGGGCUCAGCGGAUGCCUGGCCGCUCAGGGGCUGGUGGGCACCUGCACCCCACUCAGACUGGCCUCGCCACUGCUGGGGGCCCAGUCUGCCACCCCAGUGCUGCAGGCUCAGGGGGCCCUGGGAGGAGCCACCAUGCUCCCCAUCAGCUUCCAGGAAGGCCGGAGGGCUUCGGAUACCUCGCUUACUCAGGGCCUGAAAGCCUUCCGGCAGCAGCUGAGGAAGAACGCAAGGACCAAAGGAUUUCUGGGGCUGAACAAGAUCAAGGGACUGGCUCGCCAGGUGUGCCAGCCCUCCGCCAGCCGAGCCGCGCGGGGCGGCCUGAGCGCCUUCCCGCUGCCGGCGCAGAGCCCGGGCGUACCCUGCGGUGGGGCCAGCAGCCGGGAGGGCAGAGGCCUGCUGGAAGAGGUGCUGCGCCAGCAGAGGUUGCUCCAGUUACAGCACCACCCGGCAGGCCUGCCCGGCUGCCCGCAGGCCCCCCACCCGCCCCCGGCCCCGCUGGUCCUGGCCCCCUGCCACGGUGCCCUCCUUGUGUCAGGACUCCAGAAGGAGCUGGGGUUGGGGCCCUGCCCGCUGCUGCCGCCGCACAUCCUCCAGGCUGGGGUCUCCCCGGUGGGCUCGGCAGCCCAGCUCCUGGACGCCCACCUCCGCAUCAGCGCGGCCUCGGCCCCCCUCCCCACCGCCACGCCGCUGCAGCCACAUUUUGCCAUGCUGCCCCCUGGCUUUGACCCCAUGGGGCUGCCGCAGGGGGACUGCGAGAUGGAGGACCUGACCUCUGGCCAGCUGGGCACCUUCGUCCUGGUGCAGUGAGGGACACGGGCUGCCGCCCUCUGCCCCAAAUGGGCCGCCGACUCCUCGAAGCAAUAAUCUGAGUAUGUGAAGACGUUUCCGGACUCAAAGCCAAUAACUUCCGAGAAGCAAAACAAGCAAUACGUUUGGUGUUUUGGCUUUUUAGUUUAUAUUUUGUUUUAUUUUCUCCUUGCACUGAGCGACUGCUACCAUGAGUCGGGACUGGACAGUUUUUGAAGAAAAAUAAUAAUGGAGGGUGUGUCGUGGGGGUGGGCGGACGGGGUGGGGAAGGAGGGAGUGGAUGAGAGAUGGAUGACAGCUGGCUCGGUGAGUUGGGUCAGGGCCACUGGUGGCAGGAUCGGACCGGCGGCUCCCUGGUCCAUGGGCACGUCGCGUCACGAGCAUUGCCUUGGGCAAAGCCACUGUGUGAGCCCUGCACGUGCGAACGAGUAGGCACGUCUCCACCCAUGUGUGUGCGUGUGUGUGCGCGUUGAGAAGUUUUUUUUUGUUUUUUAGUUAACAAUUAUCUACUUCCGGAAACACUUAGCUUCAAAUGAAAGCUGUGAACUUUCUGCUUUAUGUAUCGGUUUUUAAAAAGCUCUAAGGCCAGCCCAGGAGAAGAUAAUCUACAAAUUCUCGGAAUUCUCUCCCCUGAAGUCAGAACCCACAGGAUCAUUAUACCUUCUUUUUUAGAUGAGACGUUUUAUAAACUGCUCAAGAGUUGGUUUCCAGGAUUCUUUGCAAGAACCUCAAAGGGGCGGGCUGGCUGCAGGGCACUUGCCCAGCCAGAGGAGUUUCCUCCUGCCUCCCGUCUUACUUCCGCUGCUAAUUAAGUUUUUAUGCAUUUCAUUAUCAGGGUCCAAAAAGAACAGCUGACUGGGGAAUGUGCAAUACGGAGGCCUGGGCUUGGGAGGCGCAGGCGUAAGGGGGUCACGGCGGUGGCGGGCCUGCCCUGGUGGGUGGCAGCCCCCCCUUACCCAGGCCCCUUGUUAGGCUUUCGUUCAUGAAAAUGAAAUGACAGGUCAGGUCAGUAUUGUUCAAGCUUUGCUCCUUUUUUUUUUUUUUUAAAGCAAAUACUGUAUAUGUAUAUA